UGAGUCAAUGGCCAACAUAAUAAUUAUGUGUAUAAUUAGAAAGGUCAAAGGUCAUUGACCCUUUUUCACAGGGAUUAAAAAUGGCUUCCAGUUGGCAGAGGCUUGGUAAUGGCCUUAGAACAGGCAUCAAGACGCUUGGGAGCAGUUUUGGGAGUAAGGCUGGUGAGGGAGGAAAGUCGUUAGGAAUGUCGAGGGGCUACUAUGGUCUAAUGGCAGCUAGUGGUCUGGGUGUUGGUCUGGCGCUGACGACACUAACGGCCUCUGAGCAGAUGCUCCAUCCACCGCAGUACCCCUGGAGCCAUGGCGGAGUGUUCAGCUCUCUAGACCAUGAGAGUGUUCGCCGUGGAUACCAGGUCUACAAGCAAGUUUGUGCUGCCUGCCAUUCCAUGAAGUUCAUAGCCUAUCGUAACCUGGUGGGUGUGGCCUACUCUUUGGAGGAGGCUAAACAAUUUGCUGAGGAGAACGAGUACCCAGGUGACCCCGACGAUGAGGGUAACCCUACUACUAGGGCUGGGAAACUGUUUGACUAUUUCCCCAAUCCAUAUCCCAACGAUGAAGCUGCCAAGGCUGCUAACAAUGGUGCUUUGCCUCCUGAUCUCAGCCUCAUUGUACUGGCUAGAGAAGGGAACGAGGACUACAUAUUUUCGCUGCUUACGGGUUACUAUGACCCCCCUGCUGGAGUGGAGGUGCCAGAGGGCAUGGCCUACAAUCCUUACUUCCCGGGGGGAAACAUUAGCAUGCCUCAGCAGCUCUUCCAAGACAGCGUCGAGUAUGAAGACGGUACAAAUGCGUCUGUCAGUCAGAUGGCUAAAGAUGUUUGCGCCUUUCUGAGAUGGGCGUCAGAUCCCUACCAUGACGAGAGAAAAAGGAUUGGUUUCAAGCUUGUGACUCUUCUCACGGUGGCUUGUAUGAUCACCUUCUACUGGAAGAGACGGACGUGGACCACUCAAAAGUCUAGGAAGGUUGUGUACUUUGCUGGUCGACGAUAACAUGUGUCUACUUCAUCUAUCUCUAAUUAGACUAGCCUGUGACAUUGUGUGUAUAAAUUAUUGCUGUAACUAAUGUAUAGCUUUAUUAUUGAUUUGUGGUUGCAGAAUUAAUUUUAUAUAAUUACUACAAA